AUGCGACCCGGCACCGAGAGAGCCUCGCUCACACCCCCGCCGAGAGGCCACGGUGACGACGGGACAAGGCAUGCCACCGCCGCCACCGCGCGCCACACCCCGGCAGCGGGUCCCACGCGGUGCGCGACCCUGGCACGCGGACCCGGAACGCCCGACAACCCUCGGGAGCAACCUCUUGCGCGCGGGGGCCGCUCGGCCGGGAGCGGGAUCUUCUGCCAGGCGGCGAAGACCCCGGCUCCGGUGCGGGAAAGGGUCGGAGGAGCCGCCUCCCCCGACCCCCGAAGGCGUCCGCACCCCUUCGCCCUCGCCGUUUUUUCCCAGCGCUCGCCGGCGCGUCGGCCGCCGAGCGAAGGGGACGAGGCAAGGGGCGAGCGCACCUCCGGGAGGGGCCGUGCCGAGCACCCCUCCCUCCCGCACGCAGGCGGCUCUCGCGCGCCAAGAAGAGCCGGGCUCGGGAGGACUCGGGCCGCGCGCGCCCACGCGGGCGCCCACGCGGAGGAACACCGGCGACCGGCGUUCGGCGGCGCCGGCCGCGGUGGCGCGAGGCUCAAAAGGCCGGCCGCCCCCCCCGCUCUCCGGCGGGGACGGACCGGCGGCGGACCGGCGCAGUGGGGGGGGGGGGGGGGGAAGGAAGGGUGGAGCCGCCGCGACGGCGACGAGCGCACCGCGCUUCGAUGCCCGGCCGCGACGCGCGGUGUAGCGCAGGGAGGGCCCUGCCCGCGCGCGCGGUGGCGGGCGCGCACGGCGCGCUUCGCCGCGCCGAGCGGCUUUCUCUCCCCCCCCCACCCCGCCCCCCCAGGUGCCGCGCGCCUUCCAUCUCUCUGGGGCUGCGCGCGCGGCGCCGUCGGAAAGGGCGCGUGGCCCCCCCGGGUACCCGCCGAGGCCGGCGGCAGGGGGGCCGAGCGAGCGAGCGAGCGAACGGAGCGGGCGUUUGAGACGCCGCACGCGGCCGGCCGGACGGCCCGGCACGCGGGCAGGCGCCAGCCCCCCGAUAGUCAAGUUCGACCGUCUUCUCGACACUCCGGCAGGGCCGUGGCCGACCCCGCCGGGGCCGAUCCGAGGACCUCACUAAACCAUCCAAUCGGUAGUAGCGACGGGCGGAUCAACCAGGUAGCCGCCACCCACGGCGGCGCCACGGAGGCACGCGAGCAACGCGGACCGCCCGGCCCCACCGGCCAACGCCCUGCCAACCCUGACCGCCCCGGCUCUUUCACCGCUCCGACCCGCGGGAGCGGCAUCGCGGACGCGACGGUGGCGGCAUGGCAGCGACGCCAACCGGCGAGCGGCGGCCGACGCCAUCGCAAGCCCGGAGGCGCCUGGGGCGGGGAACGGCAGCACGGCACGGGGACCUUCCCACCCCCCCUCACCCGCCGCAAAGCGGCGGAGAGGCGCGGGACGCCCUCGGCAACGGCCGACCCCGGCGGCCGGCCCUUCCCGCGCCGCCGCGGGCAAGGAGCCGGGACCGCUGCGCAGCUUUCGGCUUCGGACGACGCGGGCCUCUCGAGAGCCCCGGAAGAGCCGGCCCGCCGGGGGCCCUUUCCGACGCGACCCGAAAAGCCUCAUCGAUCGGCUGACAAAAGGGAGCGAAAGAAGGCCCCGCGGCCUCGGUCCUGGGACAACGGCAGCCCGAAGCGCGCACCCACCGGCCGAGCUCCGCCACGGUUCCAGGCGGGCAGCGGGCAGACGGACGCGGGGCUGCUUUUUUCCACGGGCGGGACACGUCCCCGAGAGGCCCCUGCCCGCGGCUUGGCGCCGCCGAGCCUCCCCGACGCACCCGAGAGGCCGCCGACGCCGGCGGGCCGACUUCGCAGCGGCUUUCGCAUCGGUCACAGCGGAGAAGCGCGGGGAGGGUGCCGCCACCCGACCCCGGCUGCGGACGACGACUCCCUUUAUCGAGCGAGACAACAUCGGGACGGCACCAACCGGGGGAGGGAGGCCACGGCCAAGGCCGCGCUCCCGACGCCCCAGGGAACCUUUCCGAGCGUGCGAGGAAGUGCCACCGACCAUGCCCACGGGCCACCGGCUUUCGCCCGCCUCGCGGCGAUCGGCUUCCCUCCGGAAAAGCCGGGCGGGAACGUGGACCUUCUCGCAACCCAGCCCGCCGGCAACCACGGCAGCCGGGACAGGCCAGACACCACGGGCCGCCCCAGCGUCGCGGCUCAGUCAACGCCGGCCGAAAACAAGGAAGGGCGAGGCGCCGCCGCCUCGCCAGCAGCAUUCUCACAGGGCUCUCUGUCGGGCUUCCGGUCCACUCUCGGCAGGCAGGCCGGCCACCGCAGGCCGGCCGCCGCCCCUGAGACAUUCCCGCCCGCUGCGCGGGUUCCCCAGCUUAGGGCCGAGGAAGGGGGACGCAACUUCAAAACACAGCGGGACGGGGGGGGGGGCGAGGCGCCGCCGCCCCGCCGCCCCGCAGCAACAUCGGGCGACUCCCGUCACCGAGCCCCUCGGCCAACCGGGCGAGGCCGAGGCAAGGCCGCGCGCCCCACCGAGCGUUCCCGAGGCACCGCCGACACACCAAGCACAGGCCGCCAAGCAGCUCGCGCCGUCUUUCGGCCUUGCCCGUCACUGGGGCUGGGAAGCCGGGAUAAAGCCACGCGACUCCUAUCCCGCUCGUUCGACACUCUUCGUUCUGGCAACCGCGCGCGCGGCCGCCGCUCUUGGCCUUCAACACAGGCACUGACACAGCCUGCGGGGACACGGCCCAUCACCCGCUCCCAUAAUACGGACAGGCGAGUCCGAGGCCCCGGACGCCUCCAAGAGAACCAAUCGUACUUGACCGGGGCGGUGCGCUGGCGCACGCCGCCUCCUACCAUGACGCAACUGGAGGCAGCCAGAAACAGCGACCCCUUGGUGAACUUCCGGGACGGGUGGGGCAACAGGUCUACCCGGCCCCUGCCGAAAUUUGCCCAAGUCCCGCCGGAGCCGGGCCGGGCGGGGCCGGGCGGCGAGGACAGCAGGUCUACCCCGCGCGCCAAACGCCAGGCGCCUAAGUCCGGUCGGGGAGAGUCGGUCUACCCGCCUGUACCCGCCGGGAAGGGUGGCCAGCGGACGGGACGCCACGCGCUUCCCCGCGCCCCAAGCGCCGAGCGCGACGGAGCCUGCGGGCGUGGCAGCAGGGGCGACGACGCGCGGCCGGCCCGGCCGGCCCGGCCGGCCCCGCGGCGAGAGCACCAGGUCUACCCCCCCGCCCGGAGACGGUAG